AUGACGGAUGUCAUGUCUAAUCCAGGCGGUCGUUCUGGAUUCCCCACUCCUGCCCAGCAGUUUGAGAUGCAGCACACCGAUAACAAUUUUAGUGCUAAUUUCAGCAUGCCGACCCAAGUAAACGUCCCUCCUCGUCCCCCAUCUCAUCCCACGUCCGGUACACAUCCUUCCAUACCACCUCGACAACUCCCACCUCCCCAUCAUCACUCUCCGCAUCAGCCCGAUCCUAUGGCAGGUCAUGCACAACCUCCUCCAAGACCCCAUUCGCAGCCGCAGGGUCCCUCUGUUAGGCCACCAUCACAAGCUGGACCGUCGCAAACACCCCGGGCCUCGCAUACCCAGCUUCCGCCUUCAUCCUCCACCGGUCUCCUACCUCCUACACGUAUACCCCCCAUCACACAAGCGCAGACGUCACCGCAUCAACAGCGGCAGGCAACUCCGGGGCAGCAGCCAAUAGCUCCACGGCCGCCGCAGUCUUCGACGAGUGCUGCUGCACCUCCUGUUACGACCGCGCCGUCCUCGGAGUCGACGGUCCAGCCUCCUAUCCGCGCCUCCCCUGUGGUGGCCAUGCCCGUUGGUCUUGGCCAGGGUCUUGUUCGAUUGCUCCAAUUUAGCGGUGUCCUUUCAGCCGAAAACCCCACUAAACAUCAGCUAUCACACUGGGAAACUGUUGUGAAAGACUACUUCACUCCGAAGGCCAUCAUGAAAUUUACCUUAUGGAAAGAUAACCAGCGGAAUGAAGCGAAGCCUUUCGUUACCACCCAAUCUGGCGUUAAAUCCAUGACACUCUCGCUAGAUGGUGCCAGAGAACGGCUACUCUCACAACACCAUGCGGUAGUGGAGUGUGUUGCAGCUGUUUGGACAUACCGAUACACCAACGGGUACACAGUCACACUUCGGGGCCCGCUCACAGUCCACGUUCUUCUGAUUCCUCACCCAAACACCGCCCCCUCCCAAACACCGCCAUAUUCCCUCAAAUUUGAUCACCUUCAAUUCGAUGCAAAUCUUCACGAAAAAUUCAUCGCAUUAGAUUCAGUAAUGGGUCAUAGGCAAUCGGAGUCGCCGAAGACGCCACGCGUGAGGACGGCACCGACGCCAAGUCCGAACGGGACGGUGAUGCAUAGGAUGGAUGAUGAGAGGAUAUGGGAAGAACCCAGAGUUAUGAUCGACCAUGCGUCGAUACCGGGAGAACCUGUGAACGCAUUUGGGAUUCCGCAAGCCACGAUGCGAUGUCUGGAGUUGGCGGAAAGUGUUAGUCAGAUGACCGAUCUAAUCGCAUUCGCGAAUGAAACGAAACUGGGACCAAUGGAUGCUCUUGAAAAGCUAGCGGAAAAGCUACGAGAAGGAUCUCAAGGGGGUCCCUACAUGGGCAUGCCUCUUUCAAAUGGGCACUUCCUCCCCUUUCAAGCCAUGAAUGGGCUCUCAUCGUCGCCAGCGGUGACAUUGUAUCACAGCAUGUCUUCAUCCCCGUCAGUAUCGCAUCCUGGGCCCUCUGCGCACUCCCCCCAAAACCUCCCUCCUUCGGCUGACAACUCACAAAAGCAGACCAGACCCCCGACCGCAUCUGGCGCGGCACCCCCCAACUCCUCAACUCCAGCCAAUGCACCCACACCUUCCCAAUCUGGCAUGACAACGCCUUCAAUGACCUCGGCUACCCUCAAACGCAAGACCAACGACACCAACUCGCCUUCUCAAUCAAAUGCCGAGCCAUCAAAAAAGACGCGAAAAUUGACCCAGAGACGGUAG